GAGAGGUGGAGCCCGGGAGGAGCAAGAGCUGAAAUGAGCCGCUGCAGACAGGGCCAGUCCAAAGACUCUCCCCAGGGGGCGAGACCUCGUGACAGCUAGUCGUUUUGGAUUAUUAAAAAAAAAUAGCCAAACUUGUAUUACAGACAUCACGAUCUCUGGUUCCCAUCAGCACCACUGUAAAGAAAUCUGAGCCUGUACGGCGCACCAGUUCACCUCAAACCACUCUGAGUGACUUCACGUCUCAACGACGUACAGAUGCAGAAAUUUGGAAAAGUGGAUGGAUUUAAGGUGGAUUGGCCCUUUAAGGCCAAUUCUGUGUUGCGCGUUUGUUGCCGCAUCGUUUUUUAAAACUUUUUAAAUGUUGAACGCUUUGAAAUAAAUUCUGCCCCUGAAUCCGGGCCCUCCCUGCCUUUUCACUCGGGUCAGUUAUGGAAGCGAAACUCUCGCUGGGGCUGAAAAAAACCGCUUCCUCUUGAUUGAAACACACUUCCGACGGAGAGGGCUGCGCACUCUCGGCUCGGCACUGACGCUCCGCAUCGGCUCUCUGAACGCGGCGCCGCGGGGUGUGAAGAUGAGGCUCGCGCUGCAGUACUUCUUACUUUAUGUUUUCUCAUUUCUCGCGAAGGGAAAGGCGGAUUCACUGCCAUAUCAGAGCGUUGGAGGGGAAUGCUUGAACAGUUCCACAGAGUACGUUCCCACGGGCUUGUCCCUGUGCUGCAGCAAAUGCAGGCCAGGAACCCGACUGGAGACAGUGUGUACCCAUGGCAGGGAUACGGUCUGUAAACCGUGUGCAGAGGGAACGUUUUCGGACGCUAUGAAUUUUUACAAGAAUUGCUUCAGCUGUUUAACGUGUUCUGCACGUAAAGGCCUGCUGUACAUCAAGACAUGCACCAGCGUCAAUAACGCAAAGUGUGAGUGCAAACCUGGGUAUUUCUGUUCUAUUUAUCUUGGUCAACACUGUUCUGAGUGCACAAAGCAUAGAAGAUGCCCCCCUGGCCAAGGAGCCAAAUCACCAGGGACACCUACAGAAAAUGUCCAGUGUGUUGCAUGUCCUGAGGGAACAUUCUCUAAUGAAACUAGUUCCCAGCCUUGCAAGCCACACACACAGUGUGAGGGGAGGGCUGUGUCGCAACAUGGAACUUCCACAACAGACAGCAAAUGUGGGCCACCUCUGCCUAUUGCCUCUCAUGAUCCUCGCACCAUGACCAAGACCCCUCCACCUGUCUCUUCACCUUCAAAUCCCACCACCUCACCUUCAAAUCCCACCGCCUCACCUUCAACCCCUACUGUUGAGGUCUUCUGCUCUGAUUCACAGGCCCCUCCAUGCACACACAAGACAACAGCACCGGGUACUAAACAGAACUGGACCUAUUGGAGCGUUCUAGGUCCUCUUGCUGCUGUCGCAGUGCUGCUGUUUUUGCUGACGAUGACUACUUUCGUAAUUCGUCACAGGAAAGGUUUAACAAAGCAACCAGUCACAGAAGCUGAGCCUGGACUUGCAUCAGACUUGGCCCUUCCCUACAGCAAGACAGAGUGCCAGCAUUUGCUAGUGGACAGCAAAACAGACCCCUCCACAUCGUCAUCGUCAUCAUCAGACAGCCACAGCCAGAGCACAGGGGCCAGUCAGGACAGCAUCCACACAGACCAGCCCGUGGUCUCCAGCCCGUGUGUUAACGUCAGUAUCACGGCCACGUUUAACUGCCAGGUGAACCCGACCACAGGCUCCUGCUCCAUCCCCAUCAGCCCCGUGGUCCAGCCCCAGCCGGUCCAGACCGAACCCCCCCUUUCUCAAGAGGAAGAACUGGGUGUCUCCUGCGAAGAGGAGAACAGCAAAGAUGCCUCACAGUCAGUGCAAGAGAGUGGGAUGACUAUGUUCUGAAGAUGAGGGGGAAGUCCGCCGGCUUCUUUAUUUCAGUGGCGAGCGUUUGAUCCAAGCUUGCGUGUGUGGGGGUUGUUGACGCUCAACUGCUGCAUGCUAUCUUUAUACACUGAGCUGUCUGAGCUUCGGUCUUAUCCUUAGCUGGUCAGGCCAAAGACUAAACAUCUUGCUGUUUUGUGGCCUCACAUGUAGAUUGCAUAUGACCAGACAGCCACAUUAGCCACAUUGAGUAUCAUUGUGUCAUUGGUAAAGGUGCUGAACAGCAGCCAGCUGCAUGCCGUCGUACGACAGAGAUAAUCUACUAUAGAUAAUCCGAGAUUAGUCAGACCGUAGUGCUAAUACAGCAUUUUCUAUCUUGCGUCUUGUCGUUAACACAUCUUUGUUAUGUCUAACAAAAGGCAGAGCCUGUACUUCAGAUGGACUGGCUACAACAAGCAGUUGGUUGAAAAUAUAACACAUAGCUCCAUAGUUUUGUCAGUAAUGUUGCUGCUUGGGCUGCUGUUGGUGCUUGGCCAUCAUCAGAACAAUAUCAUAUCAUUCUUGUCUCAAUUAAAUACCAAAGCUAUGCAGUCUUACACAUUAUAAGCCCUUUGUUGCACAUAUCUGAGUAUUAGUGCUUUGUUGUUAGAAGUAAUUGUUGAACCUGUGGCCUACGAGAGAACAAAGAAAAAAGACUCAGACGUCCUUAAGUAGGCCCUUGUAUCAGCCAGCUACGUACACAGUCACACAUGCACUUUACUCACACAUUAACUCCUCCAGACUUUGUUCUUUCAUUGUGUGUCAAAGGGAUAGACACACAUAGACAACUGACGCCUCCCAGUGGUAGAGAGGUGUAAUGACAUGUAUGUACAUUAUAACCUUGUCUGCCACCAUUUGUAAUUAGCAGUGCCCAAAUUUGAAGUAACGUUUUAGAAGAAAUCUUUUUUUUUUAUACUCACUGCACUGUAAUGUGUGACAUUUUCUGAUUUUAAUGUUUAAAGACUGGUUUCCUUUUUUAUGAAAUGCCUUUUAUGUGUGCAAUUUACAUUAGCUGAUUUAGCUAAUAUUCGAGCACACAUAUAUAGAAAAUGUACAUAUAUAUUUUUAUACAAGUGAAUAUAAGUAAACAGAAAUCUGCACAUAAAUGUGUCUAUUUUUUUAUUUUUUCAAGAUUUUUUUUUGUAUAGCCCCAAUCAGGAUGCUGUGUAUGCAUUAAAACACAUAUAUUUCAAAGAAAUCUGCAGGAAUAUUUUUCCACACCUCCAAAGUUCAGUCUUAGAAGUUGGGUGAGUUUUCUGAUUCUAGUGAUCCGUGGGGUGGACUCUGGGGUGGACAGAUGGGCCAUUUUGUCUGUAUCUUUCAAACUUUCUUCUGAACUUAUUUUCCUUUGACUUUGUCCUUAGAUAUACAAGAGGAUUGUCUUCUAUCGAAUCUUUUUAGAGAUAUCGACGGAAAAAUGUACAUAAUGUCAGUUUUGGCU